CCGGCCGCAUCCUCAUUCCGACACGAAAAACGCGUGCCGCAGCACAUACACGACGAGAGGCCUCCUAUCACCGCCCCGCAAAACUAUCGCUAUCGCUAAAAAUACGCCGCACGCGACAAAAUCCAUAAAUCAAUCCUUUGACGGUUCAACAAGUAGUCCAUAAACUAGCAACACUCAACAAAUCAUUCGACUUCUAUUGCUUAAAAUAAAAAAAAAACUAAAUAAUUGUGUGGAGGAGAAGUAGUUUUAUUGGAAGGAAAAUGAAAGGUACACCUGUUGUUGAAUUCGGUGGUAAUUCGAAUGUGGAAUUGCUCGGGACGAACGCGGAAGAUGUGCGAAGCGGCGGCGGUUGUGGCGGUAAACGCAUGAGGAGCGGAAGACCCAACGGGGUUUUUGUUUUCGGCGCGUUGAUGAUCUUCUUGUUGGUCUUCGCGACGCAGAGUUCCUUUGCUGAAGCCAAACGGGCAUAUGGCAAGCCAGAUAGACACGAAAAAGGUGGAUGCGCAAAUUUUGGUCACUCUUGCUAUGGCGGUAUGGGAAAACGUGCCAAUGCACUGAAUGAGGAAUAUACAUCUCAAGAAGGAAAUUCGAUCGAUGGAGAAGUUGAUCCGGCGUUGGUUUUCACUGGUCCGAGAAGUGUAUUACGGCCGCUUACUGCACAAAGGCUACUUCAGCAACGUCAAGAGUAUAUUCAUGACAAGAUGGCAGCUGAUGACAAAAUGGCACAUGCGAUAGAUUUCCAGAAUCCGGAAAAUGUUAAGUUUUCGCCGUACUUGAAACAACUUCUGCAGUUCUAUCGAAACAUGCAACUCCAGAAUCAACGUGAUGGGCCGAUCGAACAGUAGAUUUCCAUGACGGCACAAACCAGGCUUAAUUUUGACUUUCUAUACGAUUAAUUUCUUUAAGAUUUAACAAAACUUGAAAAUUUGAAUACAUAUAUCAAUCAAUAUAAUUUAUAAAAUAAGUUUAUUUAAAAUUUAACAACCAAACAGGAUAAAUGAGCACACGUCAAAUUAAAAUGGCAAUACCAAAAUUAAUAAAACGACUUCAAAAUGCAAUUAAUCAUCAUAUCAGUAAUAACUAUAUUGUCAAAACGUGAAGAAACGUGUAAAACGCGAGGAGGUAUAUAUUUUAAGAUAACACACAGGACUGUAUUUUAAUGCUAUGAAAACUGCAAGCCAAAUUGAUUUUCAUAUGUUUCAAGGCUGGAAAAACAUAUGUUAAUCAUUUAGCAACAGUUUACAGUUGUAACUAAUAAAAUAAUUACGUUUGCUAGAUGGUAAUUACAUACAUGUAAAGAUUUAUUAAUAACAUAAAUAAAAUUACAAUGUGCAAAUAUAUAUUAUACAAGUUUAAAGUUAUAAAAUGUAAGUACUAAUAAAUUGAGAAGUAUGUAGAGGAUUUUAGUGCAUAUGAUAUAA